AUGGACUACGUUGAGCAACGAAUGACGGACGAGGCAGCCAAGGGGCCGGCCAGCGACUCUUUAUUCACCCCCCUUAACCUCAUCCUCGUCUCCGCCGUCGUAUACGUCGUCUACAUCCUCUUCCGCGCGCCGACCAAGCACGACAUGCCCAAGCCCCCGCCGCCUGUCGUCUUCCGCACCUACACACCGCGCACCCUGCUGCCCCUCAACGGCGAGAACGGCAACCCCGUCUUCAUGGCCGUCCGCGGCAAGGUCUUUGACGUCUCUAACGGCCGCAACUUUUACGGCCCCGGCGGACCCUACGCCAACUUUGCCGGUCGCGACGCCAGCCGCGGCCUCGCUAGCCACAGCUUCGACGAGGACAUGCUAACCAAGGACCUCGACGGGCCGUUGGAUCCCCUGAAGGACCUUGACUCCGAGCAGAUCGAGGCCCUUGAGGGCUGGGAGGCCCGCUUCAACGAAAAGUACGAGGUCGUCGGGCGUCUGGUGUCCGUGGCCGACUUCAACGCUCAGAAACUUCAAGAUGCCGAUGGCAGCUUAUCGAACCUCAUCUCACUGCUGGAGUCAGAUUCGCCCACUAUAAAGCCUCGCGAGGACGAAUCCCGUCUUUAUCGCAGCGUGUCCAUCGUGACUGAGCUGGGCGUCAUAGCCCAUGUCACCACGGGCCCAUGCAUCCCAUCUUCAGCGUCAUUGCAAAAGAUUUCUGGGCAGAUACGGACAGCCGUCACCACGGCCAUCGCCUCGCUCCCCCAGUCCUUGCAUCGGCACGGCGUCACGCCAAGGUCCCGCCGCGUCUGGGCCGGCACCGCCCGGGUUCGCACCACCUUGGGCCCCAAGCGGAGCGAGUUUGGCCAGCAAGCCCCCAUCGAGGCGGACUUCUUGCGCCAAUGGCGCGGCGGAACUCUUGUGGACGGUUCUGCCGAUGACGGGCGGAACGGUGCCGAGAUUGGCGAUGGGAGCGUGGCGCUCAUUAUCACCAAUGCCGCGUUUCGACUGCUGGCGGCGGCAGCGACUGAAAAAGGCGACGCUUCGAGGACGGAAGCUUGGUCAUCUUGCACGAGGCUGCUGCGCAACUUGUCUCCCUCGUGGCAUCGCUGGGCGUCUCUGUGA